CCGUUCACAAGAUAGGUGCUUACACUUAGCUUGCGAAAAUAGGUGAAGCAGAGUUUUACUUAAAAUUAAAUCCUUAUUACGGCAAUAACAGUAGCAAUAUAAGUGCAACACGUUAUUGCUCAACGCCUGAUAACAAAAAUAGUAGAACAGAAGUAAGGCAAAGCCAAGAAACUACAAAUUGUAAGCUAACGUUAGCUAAACUAGCUUAACAGUAAAGCCUAUAAAGCCUCAAAUGUAACGUUUAAACUAAUGUCAGAGGCGCUAUAUUUCGGGCGACAACAUUAUGCGCUUGUAGUCAAUUAAUCUGCUAAAAUGAUCCAGGAGCAGUAGUUGUGCUCAGGGAUUCAAACUUUAAAAUCGACCAUAAAUGAAGGACUGAUCCUGAGUCAGCCACCUCGGCACCGGAUGUCGGUUUCGGGAGCAAUUUAUACAGGAAAUACCUUCCGCUGUGGUGAACAUUUGUGAAGGGCUGCCAUUUUACCGACCUUACGCAGCACAAAUGAAUGAUGGUGCUCAAAGUGGUCCAGCUCACCUCUAAGUGCCACCAUGAAAACAUCCUGGCCUCUCUGCAUCAGCUGAGGCUGCAGGGACAGCUGAGUGAUGUUACUGUGCAGGUAGACUACCAGGGAGACGUGCAGGAGUUUCAGGCCCACCAGUUGAUGCUCGCAGCGUCCAGUGGCUACUUCAAGAAGAUCCUUCUCUCGCAGGACGCUACCAGAGACAAAUUAUUACUCUCCAACAUGCACUCUAAUGAUUUCUCCAAGUUUUUGGAAUUUGUUUACACUGGUAAAGUUGAAGUUGUCCGAGACAAGAUUGGGGAUGUUCAAGCAGCGGCACAACUUUUGGACUGUGAAGAUCUGUCUGAGGUUUGUGGUGAGGCUAUGAGUGCUGGAAUCCUACAAAAACCUACAAAUAAAACAUCUGAAUCAGAAUUUGUUGAUAAAGGUGACUUACACGGUGCCGAGAAAGAAAAAAGGACAAAAGGGAAGAUACAGCCUAAAAGCAUACUUCUAAAGCGGCGGCUCUCUCCACAGAGCUCCAAGAAAGAAGUACUUUCAAAAAGAUUAAAUCAAAAGAAUGUAGUGAAGGGUGAAAAAAGACAUCUAAGAAACCUAAAACUGAGGUUGACUGGUCAGAAAAUCCUUCAGAGUCGUUUGAAUACUAAAAGAGGGGCUGACCUUAAAAAUGAAAACCAAGUUAUCAAUGAAGACGCAGAGGAGAAGGAGGACAGGACUGACGCGGAGGCUCAGGCAGAGGAUGUGGACAAGUCAUCUUUGGGAAUGCCAGCUUCUGAUGCGGAUGAUUGGGAAUGUGAGGGAUAUGUGCAGAGUAGUGAUCCUGAAGACUCCUUGUUGUUAUCUCUGGGGGAGGAAGAGGAGGACGAGGAAGAGGACGAGGGGGGAGAGUCCAAGGAGACAUCUAAAAAAACAUCCAAGGCCCAGUUCCAGUGUAACAAGUGCCAGCGGACCUUCCACUAUGAGAGAAGUUACUUAAAGCACAUCAGUACGUACCAUGGGGUGAAAGCAGAUGUCAUCUAUCGCUGUGAGACCUGCCAGCAAACCUUUGCUAACCGCAGCAAUCUGAAGAUCCAUGAAAAGCACGUCCACAGUAAUGAGAGGCUUUUUGCAUGCGAGUCUUGCGGAAAGACCUUCAAACGAAAGAAGGAUGUUGUCCGCCAUCAAAGACAGGUACAUGAACGUAACAAUCUGCGACAUGUCUGCCCUGACUGUGGAAAAGCACUCAGCUCCAAAACGGCCCUGCUGUUGCACGAGAGGACACACACGGGUGCAAAGCCUUUUGAGUGCACCGACUGCGGGUCCAGAUUUACCCAAAACUCUGCACUCAAGAUGCAUCGCAGGACUCACACAGGAGAGAAGCCAUUCGCAUGUGACGAGUGUGAUGCCCGGUUCACUCAGAAGCACAUGUUGGCCUAUCAUAAGCGAUCACACACAGGAGAGAAACCCUUCAUGUGUGAGGCCUGCGGGAAAAGCUUUGCAUCUAAAGAAUACCUGAGGCACCACUCAAACAUCCACACGGGGUCCAGGCCAUACAAGUGCGAGCAGUGUGGUCGAGGCUUCGCUCAGAGGAAUUCCCUCCACCAGCACUUAAAGAUACACACAGGCGAGCGUCCGUACAGCUGUAAAGACUGUGACAAGCACUUCACCCAGCUCAAUGCCCUCCAGAGGCACCAGCGUAUUCACACAGGAGAGAAGCCCUACAUGUGUGGGCUUUGUAGACGCACCUUUACAGACAAGUCCACCCUUCGUAGGCACACUAUGAUUCACGACUCGGAUGCUCCCUGGAAAACCUACCUUGUGGUGCUGGAGGGAAAUGUGGAGGACAAGAAACCCAAAUCUCCCUCUAAGGGAAAGACAGAAAAAGCAGCAGCAAGGGAGAAAAAGAGCACCACUAGAAAAAGUGGUGCUGCUGCUGCUGCUGCUGCUGGUUCUGGUACUGCUGGCGCUCCUGGUAAAACCUACACCGACUCCUGUUUGAUGCCGUCUGAACCAGUCACUCUUCCUUCUGAAUGGACCAGCCAUGGAGCCAUUGCUCUGGUCAGCCACGGCACCCUCGGGGGGAUCACCGUCAUCCACACUGAGAUCCCACAUGGGACCCAGAUCCAUCCCAUUGUAACCACUGACAGCACAGGGGCCAGCGUCAUUUCCUUGGAUGGAUCAGCCAUCCCCUUCUCCAUACCGGUGUCCCUGACUCACAGUCUGUCGAUGUGCUCUGAAGCCUCCACCUCUCUUUCUACGCCCACUCUCUCAGCUCCUGUUUCUGUUAACGUGUUACCAUCAGAGAUCCCAACUGUUUCUACGUCGUCUGUCCUGGAAGUCGCUGUCUCACAGACCAUUUUGGCUCCAGUUUUAGACACCAAGGACACUUGCAAGGUGGAUAUUUCGCAGCCUGAUAUUCUGACUGUGAUUAUCGGUGACGAGGUUUGUGAAAAAGAAAAAACAGCUGCUGUCACAAGUGAUGGAGAGCAGAGGACAGCAGAUAACUCUUUAGUUGAUCCCCUAGCUCAAGAUGCUGUGUAGAAAAUGUAUGUGGAAUUUCAAAUCCUAUUUGAACCCCGCUUCUCAUGUUAUUUCAGUGUUUCCCCUACCAUUCUGAAAUUCAAGGUGUUUCUUUUCUUUUUUUCUCGAAUUUCAAAAUAAAUAAUAUUUUUAUUCACAACUCA